AUGCGCGUAUUAUUGUGUCAGAAAAAAAUCCCUAAGCCCCAAUUUACAAACAUCGGGCACUAAAACGGGUCUUUCCGAGUUUGCCCAGUGCCCGUGAUGUCUCUUCCUGGAUUCGAAAAUCCGCAUCUUUGGUUUCAGUGCUUCUAAAAAUCGAAACCUCAAAAGUCGUUCUUCGGAGCUUGAAUCCCUAAAGUCAGUUCAUGUGAACUCUAUCACUCGGAAACUCUGAUUGUUCGCUCUUCCCAGUUCGAAAACUCAAGCCUUUUACUUAUUUUUCCGAAAAUUGAACCAGCGACUGGAUCGAAAACAGGGAAACUUGAUCUCCUUAAAAUUCUGCUAAAGGGGAAUAAAUCAACUUUAGCUAAGGAUAAGGUUCAAAUUCUGCAGCAAAUGUCGGUGGAGAGGUCCUUUGAGGCAUGGGAGGAGGUGCAGCGACACGGUCAGGACUUGGCGGACCGGCUCGCUCAGGGCUUCACCGGGUUGAUUCAGUCCCACAUGAGCUCCUCCUCAUUUCCAUGGCCCUACCCUCAGAAAUCAACGCUCUUCGACCUCGAAUUCCCGAGUCAGCAUUUUGGGAGAAGAGAUUUCGGAUUGGCAACCGAUAGUUCGGGCAUUGAUGGAGUAUUGGCGGUUUUCGAUAUUGGGAAUAGGAUUGGGCAGGCCGGGGCGGACUUCGGGGCUUGCUUGAGUGGGCUGGUCCAGCAGCUUUUCAGGAGGCUGCCUCUCCCGUUUCGACAGGAGGAGAAUGCAGCGGAGCGGGUGAUGGCGGAAGUGGGUGGGAGUAGGCUGAGGAGUGAAUUGAGUGUGACUACGCAAGGGGAUUCGGAUUUGUUGAAGGAGAGAUUGAGAGAUUUUGAGUUUGCGGAAAAUGAUAGCGGUGCUAAUGGGUUAGUGGAUGAUGAAGUUGCUGGGUUUAAUCUAAGGUCGGCCGGACUUUUGGGUAGACCGCAGGGGAUCAUAAAUAUUACAUCAACUUAUGAUAGCAGAACACAAGAUGUAGAAAGUUCUUUGGUUGCAAGGGGAGAUUUAUGGAGGGUAGAGGCAUCACAGGGCAGUUCUACAUCUGGAAAUGAAAAUUCGUCUCUCUUCCUUGUCCAGCUUGGACCAGUGCUAUUUGUACGUGAUACAACGCUUCUAUUGCCAGUCCAUUUGUCAAAGCAGCAUUUGCUGUGGUACGGCUAUGAUAGGAAGAAUGGUAUACACUCACUUUGUCCAGCUGUGUGGUCGAAGCAUAGGAGGUGGCUAAUAAUGUCAAUGCUCUGCAUCAAUCCCUUAGCUUGUUCAUUUGUAGAUCUACAGUUUCCAAAUGGGCAGUUGACAUAUGUAUCUGGUGAGGGACUUACUACAAGUGCUUUCCUACCAAUUUGUGGAGGCCUUCUACAGGCUCAGGGUCAAUAUCCAGGAGAAAUGAGAUUCAGCUUUUCUUGCAAGAAUAAAUGGGGAACAUGCAUCACACCGAUGGUACAAUGGCCUGACAAGUCGUUUACAUUUAGUCUUGCACAAGCCUUGGCUUGGAAGAGAUCCGGUCUCAUGGUGAGACCGACUAUCCAAUUCAGUUUAUGCCCCACUUUUGGGGGAAGCAAUCCUGGGUUGCGGGCAGAGCUUAUUCAUACGGUGAAGGAGCAACUGAGCCUGAUAUUCGGAUGUGCAUUUAUGACACAUCCCUCUGCAUUUGCGUCUAUUUCUCUUGGCAGGUCAAAGUGGAAUGGAAAUGUUGGGAAUUCUGGGAUAGUUGUGAGAGUGGAUACCCCUCUUUCCCGGGUCGGUCGGCCUUCCUUCUCUGUUCAGAUAAAUUGCGGUGUUGAACUUUAAUUGUAAUGGUACAAAAGUGUAUGUAGUCUCAAGCUUAGCAAAUAUGUGAAUAUUUGAAUGUUAACUAAUGCGAUUACAUUGAUCUA